UUCCCAGAAGCUCUUGCUGCACAACAAACAUGUCAGCUUGCUAGAGUGAAGGAAGGGGCUCACCUAUGAUUUCUGCUCUCACACGUUGAAGAAAGAGCCACUGAUAAUCCUCUGGUGAAAAUGGCUGGCUUCCUGGAUAAUUUCCGAUGGCCGCAGUGCGAAUGCAUCGACUGGGGGGAGAAGAGGAACACCAUAGCCUCUGUUGUAGCCGGGGUUUUAUUUUUUUCAGGUUGGUGGAUUAUGAUAGAUGCAGCGGUGGUGUACCCUACACAGGAUGUCCUGAACCACGCGUUUCACACCUGUGGUGUAUUCUCUACUGUGGCAUUUUUUAUGAUCAACGCCGUGUCUAAUGCACAGGUACGAGGAGACAGCUACAGUGAUGGCUGCUUGGGAAGGGCCGGAGCUCGGAUCUGGCUAUUCAUCGGCUUCAUGAUGAUGUUUGGGUCACUUAUCGCCUCCAUGUGGAUCCUUUUUGGUGCCUAUGUUACACAGAAUAUUAAUGUCUACCCCGGACUGGCUGUGUUUUUCCAGAACGCUUUAAUAUUUUUUAGCACUCUCAUCUACAAGUUUGGAAGAACAGAAGAAUUAUGGUCCUGAAAGAUAGAAUUUCAUCUGUUUUUCCUGGUUUGACUGUUUUUUUUUGCUGGUUAAUGUUUAUACAUAUCCGUUUAUUUAAAACAUUUAUAGCCUCAGUUUUUAGCACAAUCUCCAGCGAGGCAGAGAGUCAUUUUACAACACCUUAGAAUUGCCUGCUGUAUCUCUGAUGAGCUGGAUCCUGUAAUUUAUUUUUUUAUGAAGACCUGUGUUCAGAGGAUGAAAUGUCCUGCAGUUCAUGACGUGGUUAUUCAUUUUCCAGCAGAGGGGGUCAUUUAAAGCAGUGGUCAUCAACCCUGUCGUCAGGGCCCACUAACAGGCCACGUUUGCAAGAUAACUGAAAUACAUGA